CCCUGAGAGGGCGGAGGAGCUGACCGAGUCCGGAGCCCGUGGGCCGAGCCCUGGCAGAGCAGCAGAUGGCCGCCGCGGAGCCCGGGGAGAGGAGCUACGACGACAUGCUGAGGAUGCUGUCGGACCUGAACAAGGACCUGGAGAAGGUCCUGGAGGAGAUGGAGAAGAUCUCCGUGCAGGCCACAUGGAUGGCCUAUGACAUGGUGGUGAUACGCACCAACCCCACGCUGGCAGAGGCCAUGCGCCGGCUGGAGGACGCCUUCCUCAACUGCAAGGAAGAGAUGGAGAAGAACUGGCAAGAGCUGCUCAGUGAGACCAAGCGCACACAGUAGGCCCCCACCCCACUGCCGCCAGGCCGCUGUCUGCCUAUGUGCUGAGCCACUGGGGUGUGGAGCCUUCUCUGCCUGGUGGAGAACAGCAACCCAAAUAUACAGCUGUGUGCACGGCACUUGUUUCUCUAUAAACUUA